UGGGUACAUUAUUGAUGGGGCUUCCAGUUAAACCAAUCGGUUGCUCGAACGUGAGCAUAGUUUUACACAAAUUGCACUGCAGUAUUAUUCUAUGGGAAUGAAACCGUCUAGUAAAAAUAAUAGAACGCUGCUGAUCGCGCGACAGUCAUCAGAAGCCCUGGAUUGUGAAUAUUGGAUAACAUGUUACUGGACCUCGUGAACACAGAUCCGCAUAUUCAGAGUGGAUAGAUGUCACUGCUGCAAUCCAUUUGGAAUAUAAUCAGUGCCAAUCAUCGUUGUUGGAGAAGUGGACCAACCCUUUUAUUCCACCUGUUCUUCCCCACAUGAGAAAAGAUGGGGAAUGGAUUAUCUGAACCACAGACUUUCCUCUCGAGAAUCUCUUUCUUUCAGUCGUUCCAUAUCGCCAUUUUGGGACUGGACUCUGCAGGUAAAACGACUGUCCUGUACAGGUUGCAGUUCAAUGAGUUUGUCAACACAGUGCCUACCAAAGGCUUCAACGCAGAAAAGGUCAAUGUGUCUUUGGGUGGCCACAGGACGGUGACCUUCCACUUCUGGGACGUAGGUGGUCAAGAGAAGUUGCGUCCAUUGUGGAAGUCAUACACACGCUGUACCGACGGCAUCGUAUUCGUGGUGGACUCUGUAGAUGCCGAACGCAUGGAGGAGGCUAAAACGGAGCUCCAUAAGAUCGCCAAGACCGGAGACAACCAGGGAGUGCCACUGCUGGUGGUGGCUAACAAGCAAGACUUGAGGCACUCUCUGAGCCUGGCUGAGAUUGAAAAGGCGCUAGCUCUGAAGGAACUGAGCCCUGGCACGCCCUGGCACCUGCAGCCCACCUGUGCCAUCAUAGGAGACGGACUGAAAGAUGGCAUGGAGAGACUCCAUGACAUGAUCCUUAAACGGAGAAAGAUGCUCCGCCAACAGAAGAAAAAUAGAUGAUCAAGCAGUGAACUGAAUCUCUUGUUUUAAAUGAAGGACACAAGGAGAUGUUCUCGCACCUGGGUGGAUAUAGGAGUUCUCCCACAGGCUUGGCACACUGAGUUUUAUCAGUCAAUGUUAAACUGUAGGUAUAUCGUGUCUCAGACAGCAAAAUGUCUUACUUCAUCUUAAGUAUUUCUUGCAUUUUAGUGGUUGAGAAAGCACUAUGAAGGUAAAGGAUUUGGGGUUUAUGAUUAAAGAAUGGUUUUGAUCCUUGGUAUUAGACCAUUAGUAAUGGAUAUUUCAAAAUCGAAUACCAAAAAUGACAUGAGUUUGAUGAAGAACAGAAAGAAUAUGUCACCUUUCUCUACAAAGGUUAGUGGAAGGACAACAAACACGGUCUUCCUCAAAGGGAACUUUUGAACCUUGUAAGCUACUUUUAAAUGUUUUCUUCCUUCUCAAAAGGAAGGUACAGUCUUGCGCUUUUUGUCUGUCUAGUGUCUGUCUGUUUGUUAAUGCACUUUAGAUGACCUUUUUUGAUGAUGGAGUUUACAGCCUUGAUGUUUCCCAAUAGAGCUUAUUACACAUAAAGUUUAGUUGCAUCAAAAGAAGCCAACUGUAAUAUGCUACUGUACUGGGUCCCUAUUGGCCACAUGGACAAUAGAUGGGAUAUGUUUUUCAUGUUUUCAUCUUUAAUAAAGCCUCUUUACAGCACUGCUUUUGUUUUGUAUGAAGGAUAUAUUGCUAUUUUGAUUAUUUGUCAUAAUAUUUUUUGAGAAGUUCCGCAGAUCUGAUAAGCCUGAUGAGAUGUUUAAAAUGUAUGUCCUCUGAUUCUCAUAUUUGAAAGACACUGAAGUAAAUCAAAAUGAAUCUUGGUUGCUCAUGCUCACACUUUGUACUGAUGGAUAAUGAAUCUCCCUUAUUUCUCUUUCUGAAAGUAAACAAGACGCAUAUGAUUGA